AUGCAGUACAUUCUCGUCGCCUCUCUCCUCACCUCUGCUGUUUACGCUGCUCCCUACGCUCAGGUUCAGCAGCAGAACCCCAACGCCCGGCCAGCAACCACCCCCAACAACCCCACUGGCCAGGGUGCUGGUAUCGCCAAUGGUCAAACCCCUACCGCCGGCGAUCUCGCAACUGCCGUCGCCAACUGGAUGGCCGAUACCUCCAUGGUCUCCAGCUUCUUGAACAACGGUGCCAGCAUCCAGAACAACGUCCAGUUCAAGCAGGCCGCUACCGUCGCCUACAACGCCGAGGUUGACGAGCUCAACCAGAAGGCCGUCAUCGACGCUGCCAACAGCGCUGACCCCAACGUUAUUGCUGCCAACAGCACUCUCGCCACUGGCGGUGCUUUCCAGGAUGUCGUCGCCAAGCUCCAGCAAAUGUCCAUCCAAGGUAUGGCUGCCGCUGGCAACAUUGACCUGAUCAACCAGAACCGCUGUGUCAACGUUCUGCCCAACAUCGACGCCUACAUGGCCUCCACCGGCUCCUCCAGCCAGGCUGUCCGCCCUACCGCAUGCAACCAGACUGGUGUCAUCAACGGUGUCCAGGGAACUGGUCCUACCCAGCCCGGCCAGCCUGCAGGUAGCCCUGCGGCUGCUUUCGCUGCUGCCCAGGCUCUUGCCCAGGGAACUGGUAACGGCCAGGUCCAGAACGGUGUCACUCCUGGUACUGCUGCGACCGCUGGCACUGCCGGUACCGCUGGCACUGCCGGAACUGCUGCGACCGCUGGCACUGCCGGCACUGCUGGAACUGCUGGCACCGCUGGAACUACUGGCACCACUGGAACUACUGGCACCGCUGGCACCGCUGGCACCGCUGGAACUGCUGGAACUGCUGCUGGCGCUCAGGGCCAGGCCGGUAACGGUGCCGCCGCUGGUGCCGCCGCCGGUGGCCGUCAGGGCCGUAACUAA